AGUUUGCGGCCCUCACUUUCCAUUCCCGAAAUGCACCCGUCCCUUACAACGUGGUCGCAUCCAGCUGGAAGACCCUGGCUGGAGAGAUUGCGGGUGGGGGGGUGGGGAGGAUAAAGGAACUGCUCCCAGGUCCAUGCUGUGCGGUGAUUGGUCGCGGCGAGAUGGACGGAAUCAACCCUCCCAGAAGCCCUCCGUGGGCGCAGGAUGGCUCCGGCUGGGCCUGUCAUCUUGGCCUCCCUGUCUGGCAGCCCCGUUCCCAUUGGCCAUCUGAGUGGGCUGUCGCCUGACCGAAAGCUGCAGCUGAGGGUGAGGCGUGUGUGUGCCCGCGUGUUCGCGCGCGCGUGUGUAUUUUCAGAGCGUAGAAGUUUCUCCGAGUUGGACUCCUCACCGCCUGAGUGUCCGGACGGGGCUGACAAUGCCGCCUCCGGCAGUGGCGAGUUCCGCGCAAUCGCUGGCGUGGAGUCAGUGUCCCACGCUGGAUUCGCGGGUGACGGCGCUGUCUUCACGAUUGCUUUUCUGGCUCUGGACACAUUUCCUGAAGCCCAGCUCCAGGACUCAAGCUUUGAGAUGAAGGCCUGUCUUGUCCGAGGGGAAGGAGCCUGGCAUCGCCUGUGGAGGCAAGGACGGCCUUCAGGAGACGUGCUCACCUCACUGACAACCCUCUUCAGCUCCUCCACUCUGAUUGCUUUUCUGGCUCUGGACACAUUUCCUGAAGCCCAGCUCCAGGACUCAAGCUUUGAGAUGAAGGCCUGUCUUGUCCGAGGGGAAGGAGCCUGGCAUCGCCUGUGGAGGCAAGGACGGCCUUCAGGAGACGUGCUCACCUCACUGACAACCCUCUUCAGCUCCUCCACUCUGUUCCCCUCCGGGACCCCGGGAUCUGGUCAGCCACUGUCCAAAUCCCCCGCAAGGAGAGCAGGCCUCUGGGGUGUCACCUGCACCACAGCGGAACCCAGAUCAGCUCCAGAAAGCUACGAUCCGAAACUCGCGCCGUCCUUCUGCCCAGAGACAGUGCUGGCUCACUGUGCACCCUGAACUCCUGUGAGUCUAGAGAGAGAAGGGGUUGAAACCCUCUUUGUCAUGGAGGGCCUCUGCACUUCUUGUCUCACCUGCCCUGUCUGAGCUCUGUGACCUGUGUCUGCCACGGCACCUGUGGGCCUU